CGGGGACUUCACAUGACGUAGUCAUGUGACUGCUUCACGUGCUUUCGGAGGAUAAAAAGGGAAACAAGUUUGUCUCACAAACAGACUGGUGGUGAGGACGGGAUUCUGGAGCCGGUCAAACAACCAAGUUCGGACCAGUUAGUGGCUAAAUAGCGACAGCAAAAUGUGGCGUGCGGCUCUCCUGUUAUUGGCUGCCAGCUUGUCUGUGAGCCUGGCCAGACCCCGCUUCCAUCCACUGUCAAGUGACAUGGUCAACUACAUCAACAAGCUCAACACCACAUGGAAGGCUGGUCACAACUUCAAAAAUGCAGACUACAGUUAUGUUCAGAAGCUCUGUGGUACGAUGCUGAAGGGACCUAAGCUGCCAAUCAUGGUUCAGUAUGCAGGAGAUGUGAAGCUGCCUAAAGAAUUUGAUUCCAGAGUACAAUGGCCUAACUGCCCUACUCUGAGUGAGAUCAGGGACCAGGGCUCCUGUGGAUCCUGCUGGGCAUUUGGUGCAGCAGAGGCCAUCUCUGACCGCGUGUGCAUCCACAGCAAUGCUCGGGUCAGCGUGGAGAUCUCCUCUGAGGACCUGUUGACCUGCUGUGACAGCUGUGGCAUGGGAUGCAACGGUGGUUACCCCUCAGCUGCUUGGGACUUCUGGACCAAAGAGGGACUGGUCACUGGAGGUCUCUAUGACUCCCAUAUUGGUUGCCGGCCCUACACCAUUCCUCCCUGUGAGCACCAUGUGAAUGGCACCAGACCCCCCUGCACUGGAGAGGGUGGCGACACUCCUCAGUGCCUCAGUCAGUGUGAAGCUGGUUACACACCCAGUUACAAAAAGGACAAGCACUAUGGUAAAACCUCAUACAGUGUGGAAGCAGAUGAGAAGCAGAUUCAAACAGAGAUUUACAAGAACGGCCCCGUGGAAGGUGCUUUCAUGGUCUAUGAAGACUUCCCAAUGUACAAAUCUGGGGUGUACCAGCACGUAUCCGGCUCUCUUAUUGGCGGGCACGCCAUCAAGAUCAUGGGCUGGGGUGAGGAGGAUGGCGUCCCCUACUGGCUGUGUGCAAACUCCUGGAACACAGAUUGGGGGGAUAAUGGGUACUUUAAAAUCUUGCGUGGAUCUGAUCACUGUGGUAUUGAGUCUGAAGUUGUGGCAGGAAUCCCCAAAUAAAAGGUUUGCAGCUGAAAUUCCAUUAGAUCGCCACCAGAGGGCAGCACACUCCACUGCCACAGAAGAGCAACAUUUUUGUUUUUUAAGUUGGAUCACUUUACUAUACACCAUGACAACUCUAAGCUUCAACUUAAUUCUCAGAUGUGGCAUCAAAACAAUGUGCCUGUUUAUGAACUGAUGUAACAGAUAUACCAACUCCUAGAACAGAAUAACAGUGUUGUUAAUGUCUGCAUUUUUUAGCAUGAAUCGGCUGCUUUUUAGAUAGGAUGUUGCUGGUGUAAAAGUGAAUGUAGUUGUCUGCCAAACUAUAUAUUUUUUUAAUUUGUUCCAAAAUGUGAAAUAUCGGCCAUUGGAGAGCAACAGCAAAUCAUAGCCAGUUUACAAAGUGGAUUGUUUGUGCCUGGGGGGGUGUUUUUUUUUUCUUUACAUUUACAAAUGGGACAUUUAACUCCAAUUUGUAUUGGCACAAUACUGUUCUGAAUUUAAAUAAAUUGGACUUAAACUUUA